UGCCUUCUUUUCUAGUACUGAGGUGGUAUGGUAGGUCGGUCUGUAGCCAGCCAGCCAGCUGAUUUUGCUUCCGCCGCUUUUCUCCGUCUCUUCUCGCUCCCUUCCCUCCCUCCCAUCUCCCUGCGGUCUCCGAGCCAUCCACCUCGCUGCCUCUGCCGCCUUCGUGUCGUGCGUCCCUCUCCUCCUCCUCCGCGUGCAGCCACGGCGUGGCAGGCAGCUACCACAGCAGCCGCUAUUAGCUCAAAUCCUCGCUGGUUGACCUCAGCUGCGACGACUCUUCAGGAUGAGCGAGUAGAGUUUCUGUGGCCUCGUUUCUUUCUUGCGGAUUGGGGGUGGGUUCGUUUGUUUCUUUCCUUCCUUCCCGCGUGUGAGGCAGUGAGCCAGUGACACGCGGGAAUCGAUCGAAAGGCCGGAUCUUUUUUUAGCUUGGGAGGAGGAGGAGGAGGAGGAGCUGCGCGUGUGCAGGUUCGAGUUGACUUUCGGGGUUGGUUGGUUGGUUCUUUGCUUCGUUUGUCGCUCUGCGGAUUUUUUUUUCCGGAUUGGUGGUCGAGGUCGAUCGAAACCUCGCAAAGAUUGGACCUUUGCCGCUUGCCUGCUCGGUUCUUAUCUCGUUUGGCUGAGUUUUGUGCUCAUUUGGAGCCCCUGUUCCUCUUGAUUCCUUGCAUUAUUGGCCAUCCCUUGUCUCGAGAGAGCUUAUCUGCCAAAGAUUCUUGGGCUAGAAGGUUUCUUGGUUCAUUGCACGGUUGAGUAGUAGUGCCCAAGAGGAUUUGCAGCAGAGGCACAAAGUUUGAUGGGUGGCUGAUAGUUUGGUGGAUUGGAUAGAGAGGAGAAGGAGCAAGAGGGAGGGCAGGAGAGAUGGGGAAUUGCAUGGACACCACGGCGCGGGUGGAUCACAGCAUGAACAAUGGCGCCUCAGACCCAUCAAAAGUGACCAGCAAAACAAGUUUAUCAUCUGUCCCUUCCACGUUUAAGAGCAAUUCAAGUCGCUCGACUUUGACUCUGCCAUCUAUGAAGGACAGAAGUGAGCUUCCUACUCCUCGGACGGAAGGUGAAAUUUUGUCAUCUUCAAAUUUGAAGGCCUUCUCGUUCAAUGAUCUAAGGAAUGCGACAAAGAACUUCCGACCGGACAGUCUUCUUGGUGAAGGAGGAUUUGGACAUGUCUACAAAGGUUGGAUUGAUGAACACACGCUUGCUCCUUCAAAACCAGGAAGUGGUAUGGUUGUUGCCGUCAAGAAGCUUAAACCAGAAGGUUUCCAAGGACACAAGGAAUGGCUGACAGAGGUUAACUACCUUGGCCAACUUCACCACAAAAAUCUUGUUAAGCUGAUUGGCUAUUGCUCUGAUGGCGACAACCGACUUCUGGUGUAUGAGUUCAUGCCAAAGGGAAGUUUGGAGAAUCAUCUGUUCAGAAGAGGUGCUGAUCCUUUGUCAUGGGCAAUAAGGCUCAAGGUAGCUAUAGGUGCUGCUAGGGGCUUGUCGUUUUUGCAUGACGCUGAGAACCAAGUUAUAUAUCGUGAUUUCAAGGCAUCAAACAUUCUCCUUGACUCGGAAUUUAAUUCCAAGCUCUCAGAUUUUGGUUUAGCAAAAGCAGGUCCUACUGGGGAUAAGACCCAUGUUUCCACACAGGUCAUGGGUACUCACGGAUAUGCAGCUCCGGAGUACAUUGCGACAGGUCGCCUCUCUGCAAAGGCAGAUGUCUACAGCUUUGGUGUGGUGUUGCUUGAGUUGCUCACAGGAAGACGGGCCCUGGACAAAUCGAAACCAGGCAUAGAGCAGAACCUAGUUGACUGGGCCAAACCCCACUUGGGCGACAAGCGUAGGCUGUACCGUGUCAUGGAUACAAAGCUGGGAGGCCAAUAUCCGAAGAAAGGCGCCCACGCCAUUGCGAACAUCGCCUUGCAAUGCAUCUGCAAUGAUGCCAAGAUGCGCCCGCGGAUGUCUGAGGUCUUGGAAGAGCUGGAGCAGCUGCAGGACUCCAAAUAUAAUAUGGCUUCACCACAGGUUGACAUCCGGAGAACCUCAAACGCCGUCCCUAAGUCGCCGAUGAGAAUCCAGCCAUCGCCACGGCGCUCACUUGGAGCAGCAGCAUCCCCAUUGCCAGGAUAUAGGACUGCCAAAGUGCACUAGAAGUGCAACAUAGAAGAGGUCUUUUAUCUGCACGGCUGUAUAGUUUGUUAUGUAAGCAGUGUUUUUUUGUCCUUUUUUUCUCGAGGAACUUUCUGUUUCUAGUGAUAUUUCUUUUAUCUGUGUGACACGAGAAUCUGACGUCCAUUAUAAUGUAAAUUGUUUGCCGAGAUAAUGGGUGCCGAAUUCUGGUGCCUGGGUUGCUGCUAUGAUACUCCCUUUGCAUUUCUU